AUGGCUAGCUCGGCGAUGGCAAACGGUCUCGAGGUGGCGAUCGAGUUCCUGCCCGGUCGGUUGUUCUACGUGCCGCUCAAGAAGGCGCCUCCGCGUCUCCCGGGCACGCACUUCUUCUCCAUCGACGACGAGCUCAUGUACUGGAACUUCUACCUCGACUUCGGCCCGCUCAACUUGGGCCACACAUUCGUCUUCUCCGAGACACUCAACAAGAAGCUGGCGGCUGCAGCCAAGACCGGCGAGGUCGUGUACUUCUACUCGUCCACCCAGGGCCAGCGUCGCGCCAACGCCGUGUGCAUCUUGGGCUGCUGGGCCGUGCUGUUUCAGAACAUGAGCGCCGAGAAGGCCUACGAGCCGUUCCAGCUCAUGCGCUUCCCUCCGUUCCACGACGCCACGCCGUCGGUCUGCACCUUCAACCUGACCAUCCUGGACUGCCUCAAGGGUCUCGAGCGCGCCAUGAACAGCGGCUACAUCUCCAUCAAGACGUUCGACCUGCACGAGUUCCAGCACUUCGAGCGCGUCGAGAACGGCGACCUCACGUGGGUCUCACCCAAGUUCAUCGCCUUCGCCGGCCCGCACAACGUGUACCAGCGCACGCCGCAGGGCCACGUCAUGCUCACGCCCGAGCACUACAUCCCGUACUUCAAGAAGCGGAACGUGACGCUUGUGGUGCGCCUCAACGACAAGCAGUACGACGAGAAGAAGUUCCUGUCGGCGGGCAUCGACCACCUCGACUUGAUCUACCCGGACGGCACGAACGCGCCCAUGCCCAUCUUGAUGAAGUUCAUUGAGGCGUGCGAGAAGACCCCGGGUGCCGUGGCCGUGCACUGCAAGGCCGGACUCGGCCGCACGGGCACGUGCAUCGGCGCGUACAUGAUGAAGCACCACUUGUUCUCGGCCCACGAGCUCAUCGGGUGGCUGCGUCUGUGCCGUCCUGGCAGCGUCAUCGGUCCGCAGCAGCAGUUCAUGGAGGCGAUCGAGAGCAGGAUGCACCAGCUCAACCCGUCGAGGACGUCCAGCGCCAAGUCGGAGCUGGUUCCGAUCACGUCGUCCAACGGGCCGUCGAGUCCGUACGACGCCAAGCGCGGAAGCGGCACCAUCCGCAGCAUUAUGGUCCCCGGACGGAACGCGGCGGCGGGCAUCGUGACCACGAACCGGGUCGUCUCGAACGCGGCCAUCGGCCUCGACAAGACGCAGGGCGACAAGCUCAACGACCAGAAGUACAUGCGCUACCGGAGCACCAAGUCCAGCCUCCCGAGUGGCGGCAACAUGUUCUGGUAA